AUAAUAGUUUGAGGUUGUUGAGAAGGCGUAAAAAUAAAAGUGCUGUCUGAUAGAAAGACCAUCUUCUCCUUUCAGUCAUCAUCACCGUUGGAAGAGUCAACAAUGGGGUCAAAAACCAAAACUUUUACCUUUGAGGAGGUGGCUAAACACAACCACAGGAAGGAUUGCUGGAUCAUAGUGAAUGGCAAGGUGUAUGAUGUCACCCCAUUUUUGGAAGAUCAUCCAGGAGGUGAUGAAGUUUUAGUGACUGCAACAGAGAAGGAUGCCACCAGUGAUUUUGAAGACAUUGGCCACAGUGAGUCAGCAAUAGAGAUGAUGCAAACAUACUUAGUUGGGGAGGUUGACACCAACACUCUUCCAACACAAGCCACCAACACUCCACGCCCACCAACACAAGCACCUGCCAAUAGUAACCAAUCUGCUGGGUUUGUUUUGAAGAUGUUGCAGUACCUAGUGCCGUUGCUGAUUUUAGGCUUUGCAUUUGCUCUUCAGUACUAUGGCAAAAGAAACAAGUCCAACGAGGCAGAAAAUUGAAUUUGAGUUGUGGCCAUAGUUUAGUAGUACAUCUAUUAUUAGGUAUCUAUAUCAACAGUGUCAUAGUGGUAACAGACUAGUGGAAGUGUUGUUUCUUUUCUUUUUGGGUAUCAUUUCAAAGUAUUUCCAUUUCUCAAUAUCAUGCGAGGAUUUUGUAUUCAUGAUGUGCUAUGGCCCUCUUGCUCAGUCAUGAUAGUUCAUUUAGACUUAAUCUAGUAUUUAAUGAAUAAUAAUUUGAAAUAAAUUUUAUGAUA